CGCGCGCACACGCCCCGCACACGCACGCGCGCACACACGAACACGCGCAUCCAUAUCCCACUUUGUGGGUAUGAAUGUGCGUGCGCGCGCGCUCACACAGACACAUACACCCUUGGAUGCGCACGCGAUGGAUCAAGCAUUGCAGCGGAGGGCAGUGUCAAAAGAGGAAUGGGAAAAGAGGCUUGCACAAGUCAAAGUGAGGAAGGAAGAUAUGAACAGACUGAUUAUGAACUUUUUGGUGACAGAAGGGUAUGUUGAUGCAGCAGAGAGAUUCCAGCAGGAGUCGGGCACACAACCAGAAAUCGAUUUGGCGACAAUCACGGACAGGAUGACUGUGCGCAGAGCUGUUCAGUCUGGCAAUGUAGAGGAUGCAAUCUACAGGGUUAAUGACUUGAACCCAGAGAUAUUGGACACGAAUCCCCAAUUAUUUUUCCACUUGCAACAGCAGAGGCUGAUCGAGCUUAUCCGCAAUCAAAAGAUCCAGGAGGCCCUGGAGUUCGCGCAGGAGGAGUUGGCGCCUCGUGGGGAGGAGAACAAACAAUUUCUGGAAGAGCUGGAGCGCACGGUGGCCUUGCUGGCAUUUGAAGACACGUCGUCUUGUCCCGUUGGUGAUCUGCUGGACAUAUCACAGAGGCAGAGGACAGCGAGUGAACUGAAUGCAGCAAUUCUGACAAGUCAGAGCCAUGAGAGAGAUCCGAGGCUACCGAGCCUUUUAAAGAUGCUUGUCUGGGUGCAGAAGGAGCUAGACGCAAAGAACGUCAUUUAUCCGAGGAUCGCGGACCUUGCCACGGCGACACUGGAAGAUCCCCCAAGUUUAUAGAGUAAAUGAACGAGGGCAUGUGAGGGCUGGCUAGAAUGGUAGUUUCUUCAGAUUUCAGUUGAUCAAUCGUGGGGAGAGGAUUGUGUUAGUUCACCGGCAAGAGGGCGAGUCCUAGAGACCAAGCGUAGCGUCCAUUCCGGUAUGGACUGGUUUUUCACCAGGUGCAGUUUUCUUUGUGCCCUGUCAAGUUCUGUGAUUGUGAAGCUCUUUCGGAGUAGCAAAAGAUGCGGUCGGAGUCAUUUGCCGCGACCUGUAUGGCUGCGAACUGCUGUGAGAGGUGGACUGGUUGGUCUGAUUUUGUGUUGCUGUGAAUGACUGUGACAGACAGGUGACCUCGGCUGCCGUAAUUUUCGGGUCGCUGCAAAUUGCUAUGAGUGGCGCCCGACUGCCAUCUGUGCGGCUGUGACCUGCUCGUGGAGGUGACCGGUCGUUAUCUGUGUGGCUGUGAAUCGCUGUGAGAGGUUGAGUGGGUUGUUCGUUAGGAUCUGUGCGGCUGUGAAUGACUGUGAGUGGUGUGACUGGUCGCAGUCUGGCCCAGUGGCUGUAAAUCUCUGUUAGUGGUGACUGGUUGUGAUCUGUGCGGCGAUGAAUUGAUGUAACUGGUUGAGAAGACUUGAGAUCUGUGUGGCUGUGAGUUUGGUGUUCUGAGAGGCUGAGCGGUUGGUUUGUCAGGAUUAGUGUGGCUGUGAAUUGCUGUGAGAGGUGGCUGGUUGCAAUCUGUGUGGCUGUGAAUUGCUGUAAGAGAUGGCUGGUUGCGAUCUGUGCGGCCGUGAAUGGGUGUGACAGGUGACUGGUUGCGGUCCGUCUCUGUGGCUGUGAAUCUCUGUUAGUGGUGACCGGUUGCGAUCUGUGUGGCGAUGAAUUCCUGUGCAUGGUUGUGAUCUGUAUGGCGAUGAAUUCCUGUGCGUGGUUGUGAUCUGUGCGGCUGUGAGUUUGGUGUUCUGAGAGGCUGAGCGGUUGGUUAGUCAUGGAUCUGCGUGGCUGUGAAUUGCUGUGAGAGGUGGCUGGUUGCGAUCUGCGCGGCUGUGGAAUCGCUGUGAGUGAUGGCUGGUUGCGAUCUGUACGGCUGUGAAGGAGUGUGACAGGUGACUUGUUGUGAUCUGUCUCUGUGACUGUGAACCUUUGUUAAGCAGUGAUGAUGGUUGGCAUCUGUGCGGCUGUGAAUUAACUUGACUGGUCGUGAUCUGUGUGGCUGUGAGUUUGGUGUUCUGAGAGAGGCUGAGCGGUUGGUUUGUCAUGGAUCUGUGUGGCUGUGAAUUGCUGUGAGAGGUGGCUGGUUGCAAUCUAUCUGUGUGCCUCUGAACUGCUCUGUGAGGUGAGCGGUCGUGCCCAUGGUUUCUUCAACCGGCAUUAGUUGUGUUUUCAUGCGAAAAGAAUAGAUGCCUGCUCUUGCGGGAUGUGAAGUGUUGUGUGGCGUCUGUUGACGAUAGCGGCACUGUCUUCUUCUUUUGUUCUUUUUUUUCCUUAAUCUGCUUUAGCGCUCAUAAGUAGUUGCCUCAGGUGGUGUUUGGCAGUCUGCCGUUCCUAAUCAAGUCAGGAAAGACAU